CGGUGAUCAGUCGGGUGUGAGGCAGUCGCUUGGAAAGUUCUCCGGAGCACUUGCUUUGAAGUUGCUGUUUUGUUCCUCGAACGAACCUAUCCUGAACUUAUAUUAUUUUAGUUUCUAGUGACGAUGCUGUGAUCUAGUGAUAUUAUACUUAAGAACAACUAAAGUGUACAAAUCUCUAUACAUAUUCUACAAAUUGCUGCCAGGGUAGAUUUGUGUUAUUUUUUUUAACUUCAUACGAAAAAAGUUGCACCGGUUAAAACGCGAAAUUGGAACCAUGUCGAUGUGUUUGCGAGGUCUGGGCAUUGCCCGUGGAACACUGUUUUGGAGCCGAUUUCAUCAGCUUGCCAAGGGUGGAAAGAAUUUUUCCAUUGUAAGCAGUCCCGGCGUUGGAGCCUAUCUGACCGAACAAGUUGCGCAGGUAAAGCGCGCCUCGGCUAAUCGUACGCUGCACUCGAUCCACGACCGAACGCGGGCAACGAUCGGCGAACGCAGCCAGCUGAAGGAAGCCCGCCGAAUGGUGGUCAAGCUGGGCAGUGCGGUCAUCACCCGGGAGGACGAGCACGGUCUGGCGUUGGGACGGCUUGCUUCGAUUGUCGAACAGGUGGCCGAGUACCACGUCGAGGGCCGGGAGUGUAUCAUGGUGACCAGCGGUGCGGUGGCGUUUGGCAAGCAGCGACUGACCCAGGAACUGCUGAUGUCGAUGUCGAUGCGAGAGACCCUUACGACCGACCACACUCGACAGGAUGCGGGAACGAUGGUCGAACCGAGGGCUGCAGCGGCUGUCGGCCAGUCCGGUCUGAUGUCGCUGUACGAUGCGAUGUUUGCCCAGUACGGCAUCAAGGUGGCACAGGUGUUGGUUACCGAGCCGGACUUUUACAACGAAGAAACUCGGAGGAAUCUCUUCAGUACGUUAUCGGAGUUGAUCAGUUUGAACAUUGUGCCGAUCAUCAACACGAACGAUGCGGUGAUGCCACCGAUGUUUGUCGUCGAUCAGGAGGUUUCAGGGCAGGGCAAAAAGAAGGGUAUCAAGAUUAAGGAUAACGACAGUUUGGCGGCACUGUUGGCAGCUGAGAUCCAUGCGGAUCUGCUGAUUCUGAUGUCGGAUGUCGAUGGAAUCUACAAUAAGCCUCCGUGGGAGGCUGGUGCACGGCUGAUGCAUACCUAUACUUCGGCCGAUAAGAAUUUGAUUAAGUUCGGACAGAAAUCGAAGGUCGGUACAGGUGGUAUGGAUUCCAAAGUUACGGCAGCCACGUGGGCUUUGGAUCGAGGCGUCAGCGUCGUCAUUUGCAAUGGUACACAGGAGAAGGCUAUCAAACUAAUUUUGACCGGACGAAAGGUGGGAACGUUCUUCACAGAAUCGACGGCAGAAAAGGCCACCCCUGUCGAGCAUCUAGCUGAGGAUGCUCGUACCGGAAGUCGAGUAAUGCAAAAUCUUUCCGCUAGCGACCGAGCGUUGUGUGUUAACACGCUGGCUGAUUUGUUGAUUUCCGAGCAAACCAAGAUUUUGGAUGCAAACAAAAAGGAUUUGGAGGAGGCGAAAAAAUCCGGUGUCGCGAAACCAUUGCUCUCUCGCCUGUCCCUGACUCCGGCCAAGCUCGAGAGUUUAGCCGUUGGUUUGAAGCAAAUCGCUGACGAUAGUCACAGGAAUGUUGGUCGCGUUAUCCGGCGCACUAAACUAGCCGACGGAUUAGAGCUGAAGCAGGUUACCGUUCCGAUUGGUGUUUUGCUGGUUAUCUUUGAGUCGCGACCGGACUCUUUGCCGCAGGUUGCAGCCCUAGCUAUGGCGUCCGGAAACGGUCUUCUGUUAAAGGGCGGUAAGGAAGCUGCACACAGUAACCGAGCUCUGAUGGAGCUGGUGAAGCAAGCGUUGGGAGUGGUGGGCGGUUCGAAGGCGAUCUCGCUGGUGUCUACCCGCGAGGAGAUCGGCGAUCUUCUCUCGAUGGACAAACAUAUUGAUUUGAUCAUUCCUCGCGGUUCCAGUGAACUGGUUCGUAGCAUCCAGGAACAGUCACACCACAUCCCAGUCAUGGGACAUGCCGAAGGAAUUUGUCACGUUUUUGUCGACAAGGAAGCCAAUCUGGAGAAGGCUUUGAAGAUCAUUCGGGAUGCAAAGUGCGACUAUCCAGCUGCCUGCAAUGCCAUGGAAACACUUCUGAUUCACGAGGACCUGUUGGAGGGAAGCUUCUUCGCGGAUGUGUGCAAUAUGUUGAAACGGGAAGGCGUUAAGAUCAACUCGGGUCCGAUACUGAACCAACAGUUGACGUUUGGCCCACCGCAAGCGAAAUCUAUGAAGCACGAGUAUGGUGCACUUGAGUGUACUAUAGAAGUUGUCAAAGAUCUUGAGGCAGCUAUCGAUCAUGUGCACACGUACGGAAGUGGUCACACCGACGUCAUUGUAACCGAAAACGAAAAAUCGGCUCGAUACUUCCAAAGCCACGUGGACAGCGCUUGUGUGUUCCACAACGCUAGCAGCCGGUUUGCCGAUGGGUUCCGGUUCGGUUUGGGAGCGGAAGUCGGAAUUUCCACCGCCCGAAUUCACGCCCGAGGUCCGGUCGGAGUGGAAGGCCUGCUGACUACAAAGUGGAUUUUGGACGGGGUGGAUCAUGCAGCUGCCGAUUUUAGCGACGGCUCCCGGAAGUGGAUUCAUGAAUCAUUACCAAUCGAAUGACUGCGCCGGAUAACGGCGACCAUCAUCGAUAGGCUUAAGCAUCUGUAGAAAAAAAGUCAACCCAUUAAUUCGUUACGCUGUUUGUGUUAAUGUUGCCUUUUGGCAUUCAAUUAUCGCCCCUUUGUUACAAUAAAGCUCAUCACAAUACAAUAAUUGAAAAGUUACAGUGCAGUGGAAAGUUUAAAUUGAAUGCUUAAUUGGCAAUUUAAUCUUCGCUUGUUUAUGCCAAAACGCCCCGGUGCCCUCUGGCAAUCGUCGAAAGCUCACACUCACUCACUGUGGGCAGUUAUCGUGUGUAU